AGGAGGAGAUUCAUCCCUGCGUUUUGUAGAGGACGUUCAGCACAAAAAGCUGCUGGCUCACCUAAACACGGGCGAUCAUUUAUGGUAGAGUUCGUUUUAAAAGGCAACCCAGACGGUUGGUUCAGUUGUUUCAGAUGAAGUCAUGUCUGAGCCAGUAUCCAUGUUUUAUCUCGAGAGGUUUUUUUCCUCUUUUGUCUUCUGAUCGGAUUCCUGUUUUCCUGCACCCUGAAAUCAAACACAAUGUGGUACAGAAGUCACUUUAAAGCCGGAUGUGAAGCUAAAAAAGCAGGGCCCAGUUGUGACUCUGUUGGAUGGGUUCCGGGACACAAAUCAACCUGGUUCAGUAGCCUCCCUUGGUCUGGAAGCAGGAUUUCUGAUGGACGAAGACAAAGCACUGUGUCUGACAGCAGUGAUACAGGAAUUGGUACUUACUGCUCCGAGAGUUUGGAAGAUGACUCCAGUUCCAAUACAACUCCAUUGUUUUUCCUUCCUCUGUCACAACAUAACUUAAACAAGGAAGAAGAUGGCGUCCCUUCUGCUCCUGCCAUGUCAUCUCCUUCGUCCUCACCAAGAAUACUAAAAACGCCCUCUUUUCUACAUAGCCCGGACCACUGGAACAGGUCUUUGCACAUUAAUAAGCCAGCCACAUCUCCUGUAGAAGCACUAAGCAGUAUGGACAUGAACGGGCAUCAACCCAUCAGAAGGUCUUCCUCUUUUACUAAGCUGUCGUCAGGGGCUGAAAAGAACUCCAUGAAGACAUCCAACUAUUGUUACAGCCCAGGUAGUGAGGGCUCACUGGAUAGAGGUGUACUUCAUGGUUAUAGAAAAAAAAGUAGGGAUUCAAAUAUCAACCUUUACUUACCUUUAUCUUCUACCCUGAUCUGCAAUAGCUUGCUGCAGAGAUCUACUGAUGCCAACCCCUGCUAUGGGUACAAGCAUAACAGUAGAUCUACUGGUUUGAAAACAGACCUGUCACCCUCCUCAUCUCAUUCUUCUCCAGGUAAAUACAAUUUAAACUGCUAUAGUCCACAUGAGGCCGAAUCUUCUGGGGAAGGUCAACAAGUAUAUGGCCUCCAUUCAUCCCACUGGGCUGACUGGCCUGUGCCUCAGAGUUCUGAUAGAGGUACGCCCGUUCAGCCAGCUGUUCGAACACAGAUGUGGCUGACUAGGCAGUUGGGGUACCAGCCCAAACUGGAAAAUAGAAGUGAACCUGGUCAGAACAUUGCUCCAUGGACAGAAGACUAUGGUGUUGAUGGUCUCUCACCGUUGCAUCAGGAAUCCGGACCUAACCAGAUGCUCAUGGGAACUUUCAUUCCUGUUAACACUCUGCUGAAGGUUAAGGAGAAGCUGCUGAGGGAGAGAGAAUUGGAGAUACAAAGUCAAAAGAAGCAAAUCCUGCAGCUACAUGUCUGGAUCAGAGAGAAUGAGCAUAGAGCACAGCAGGUCCUGCACAUCCAGAGGGGACAAUUUGAUGCCCUCAACCCAAAUACUGAGGAGUCAGCAUUGAGAACAUCCUGCAAGCCACCAUCUGAUAGGCCAUGUUGUGAUAAAGAGCUUAGUAAGAAAUUAGCAAUGGCUGAGCUUGAGAUGCUCCAUUUAAACCUGUUUUUUAAGCAAGUCACCCUAAAAUAUACAGAGGAGAUCAGAAAACUGGAAGAAAAGAUAAAGACAAGGGAUCGUUACAUCACUAGUCUGAAAAAGAAGAGCCAAAGAGAGAGUGAGAAGAACCAAGAAAAACAACAACGUAUAGAGACACUAGAAAAAUACCUCUCUGAUCUGCCAACAUUAAACCAAGUUCAUGACCAGUCCAAGCAGCAGGAAAAGUUAGAGGAAAAAAGUAGGCAUCUUGAAAAUACAGUGUUCCAGUUACAGAAGAGCAUAGAGAAAGGAUGUGCUCUGAUUAAGAAGAAAGACAUCAUGAUUGAGAUGCAAGCCAAGACAGAGAAUGAGCUGAUUGCAUCUGUACAAAGCCUGCGGAAGAAAGUGCAGCAGUGUCUGGAUGAUGGGGUUAGGCUGCCGGUGCAAGAUUUAAAAAACCUUGAGGGGGAAAAUUUCCAGCUCCUAAAACAGCAAGAUUACAGCAGCAGGGUAUUAAGGAUACAGAAAGACGAAAUGGAGAGACUAACUUCACAACUAAUGGCCACCAGUGCAAGACUUCAAAAGAAAAGAGGUCCUGCUCACCCACAGAUGGCUUAUUCUCUGCAAAAGGAGGAGAACUUGGCCAGCAUGCUUGGAUUCUUCUCUCAGGAAAAAGGCAAGUUGGUGUGUCUCUCAUCUCAAGGAAGGAUUUCAGAAGUGGAUGAGCUGUUGAAAGAGAUGUCUUUGUGUCUACUUGACCUGCAAGGUUUCUGUAGCAUCCUGGUUCAAAGAGCUCAGGGGGAAGAACCCAACCUCUCUCUGCUUCUGGGAAUGAAAUCACUUGGUGUCUCAGCAGAAGAGCAGGACUGCCAGGUUGGUGAAGAACAAGAGGAACUGAGCUCCAAGCUGCUUGAAGUUGGCCUGGUGAGAAGAGAAAUUGAUGAGCUGAGGGGAACCAUGACGGAAUACUGUGCUCACUAUGUGGGUGAAAGCCGAGCUACACAGUGAACUCUCAGACUUUUCACUUUUCACUAUAUAAAGAAUAUGCUUGGAAAAGAAAUCCUACUUUUAGUCACACAUGUUCUGCACACCUAUGGGAUCAUCUGAAAGGUAUGGACAUGGAAUGGGGGUUGGAGUUUAGCCACUACUGUUGUUCCUGAUCCACUUCAGGAGGUAGUCGCAGAUCCACAACGGCCAUGAGAUGGAAAAAAAAAAGGCAGCAGACCUGGUCGCAAAAAGAGCAGCACCAGGUUAUGAUCCUCCACCUGCUCUGACAUAUAUUUUUGAUCAGCAGAUCUGAUGCAGAUAACAUGUUGAGGAUGGUGACACCAGCUUUGGAUGAAAAUGUCAAUAUUAUAUAAGACCACAUAAAAAGGAUUUCAAUACAGAAAUUAUAUAAAUGGCCAUGUUAUGGACAACACAAUCAUGGGUCAGACUUUACUGUUGUCCUAGAGACGGUCACUGAAGCCCUCUAUUAGCAGCGUCGGCAACAGCUGUUAAAGAAGCUGCCUAUUCUACGGUGUAUACAAGCGUAUAUAUGCAAAGGUAGGAAAAAUGGUAGAAAAAUGUGCACAAGCUGCAGGGAAAACAGCAAUAUUUUCUCUUGGUUUCUAAAUGACUAUGAUAUUGUAUGUAAACAUUUUUCUGCUGCUUUAAAUAAGAAAUAUGAUUAUAUGUAAUACUGGUGUAGAGCAUCUUGAGUGCAUGUAAAUUAACAAAUAAGCUAGUAAUUAUUGCAGUACAAGCCAUAGUUAAUGCUAUUAAUACUGUGUAAAGUGAUUUUUGAAACGUGGCAAAAUUUGAUUUACACUGUGCAGCCCACUGCACUGUGGCUUUUUCAACUGCAUUGUGGCAGAUCUGCCUCAGGGCUUUAACAGCAGUGGGUUGAUUUCAGCGUAGAUGCUGCUCUGGAGCAGAGUUUAAUACUCUCGAGCUGCCAAGUCAGAAUGAAUUGGGGAACUGUUAUUGUUCGAGAGAGAGAGAGACCGCUCAAUGUUUCAGAACAAUUUGCCCAAAUUGGCAUUUAAACAAUCCUCAUCAUUAUGCUGAAGACACAGUUGAUCAAUAGUACCUCGCGAUUGCAAGUCUUUACACAGGAUGUUCUCAGAUGGACAUGUUUCUUUUGCUGCAUGAUUCCAUAUGUUUAUUCACAGUUUUGAUGCAUUCAGUAAGAAUCUAUGUACAAUGCAAAUAGUGUUAAACAUAAGGAAAACCAUUAAAUGAGAAAGUGUGUCCAAAACCUUUAA